AUGCGUCCUACCUCUCUGCGUCUUCUUGGUUGCGUCACUUCUAUCAUACUAUGCUUGAGCACCGAUGCUGCCACUUUGAAAAGAGCGCAAAUAACCUUCCCUCCAUCAAAUGGACCAUGUCGCCAAAACCAUGGUCUAGAACCGCUUCAAUGUACUGACGAGGCAUGUAUCGAUAUCGCAGCUUCAGGUGUUUGUCACAUCCAAACACAAGAAGGCCUGCCUGUCUGCGGCUGCUGCGAUUCUCAGAUCACCUUGCUUUGCUCAGCGUGCGGCGGCGAUGCAGGAGAAGGGAUAUGUCUAGGCACUGGGCUCACGGAGAUCUCAUUCCAAGGUUGCCCAUGCACCGCGAACGGGGGUGCAGUACCUGGUGGAGGACAGAUUGCAGUCUGCCCUGAGCAAACCGGUUCAGACACCCAGUCAUGCAACAGUUCUACUUGUGGUGGAAGCACUAGAUAUGCAGGCUUGUGCGACUCCAAGACUGACAUCGGUGGAGGUGCUUAUCAGUUUUGCGCAUGCUGUCCAGAUGAGGAGCCAGCUUGUAACGAUUGUGGUGGCGAUAACGGCGAUGGACGUUGCAAAGGUGUCGAUGAGUAUACGGGUAAAGGUUACAAUAACUGUAAAUGCAGUUCGGGCGCAGAUGGUGAUCAGCCCGUGAUCAUCCCCUUCCCAAUCCCCCCUCCAGGCUUCCCGAUCCCGCCACCUGGUACGCCUAAUCCAGAAGAGCCAUGCUCGGACACGAUUGACACAAAAUGCUCCGAAUGCUCCGGAAACAAUAGGUGGUGUCAGACAGGACCAUCUGCUGGCUGCCCUUGCCAAGAUGAUGAACAAGAAUGCCCAGAUGGCGACGAUGUUCCAAACUGCUCAGAUGCAAACUGCGGUGGCGCAACAAGCGCGUCUGUCAUCAGUACAUGCCAAGGUGCGAACAAUGAAAACAAGGACUGUACAUGCUUUCAGUUUGAACCUGAGCUUGAGCCAUACGCACCCAACCCCUACCAGUAG